AACGCCAUUUUGGAACGGAUGCCGAAGAUUAAACGGCGACGAAACGCGGCUGACGAACGAGAGGACGAGGCGAAAAGUAAGCAGGAAAACAGCUGCCAAGAAGGAGACAACAGCUCACAGACGGAAAUCACGGAUAAUAGUAGAAUGUCACUGUUUCCAGUUCCUCAAACAACGCAAGAGGCAAGAGCUGCGCGUCCACUUCAUCCGGAAGAAAUAAAAGCAUUAAUCAGCGAGUUUGUCGGAUCGUACGACGCUGCAAUUUGGAUACGGAAAGUGGAACAUUAUCAGAAAUUAUAUGGAUGGACGGAUAACGCUACUCUAUUGUAUGCAACAACAAGAUUGUUUGGCCCUGCGAAGUUGUGGUACAAUUCAGUGGAAGAAAAAAUAUUCGGUUUUCAUGGAUUCAGAGUGAUGUUGCUAACUACCUUCCCGAACUACCACGAUGAAGCGGACCUUCACCGGGAGCUAAUGACUGUAAUGAAGAGACAGCAAGAAACGUAUGACAAUUAUGUAUUCCGUGUCCAGAAUAUUGCCAGUAAGGGACGAGUCUCGGAAAUAUCGGUGAUCAAGUACAUCAUCAGUGGCCUAUCCCGUGACAGGUUAUACAAUCAGAUUGCAGCGAAUGAGUACAACACAGUUUACAGCCUGCUGAAACGGAUAAAGUGGUGUGAAUCAAAUUUCCAGUUGAAAAAGGCGGACACAGCAGGAGCGAGUGCAAUACGUCAGCCGCUACGUUAUUUCGAAUCGGGUGUUAAGGCAGGAACAAAUUCAUCUACAGUGGGACCAUCCGAUUUCAUCUGUUUCAAUUGUAAUGAUCCAGGACACAAAUCAAUGAAUUGUCCAAAACCACAACGACGUCCUCGUUGUAGUUCGUGUUUGAAGGUGGGACACAAUGCGGAACAAUGCUUCAAGUCAUUGGACAAGGGAAAGUCAGUUGUACACAAACCAGCGGUUGCGAUGAUUGACACUAAUGAAGGAAAGUCAACCAUAACGAAUCGGGUACCAAACGAGGUGAUCGACACUGACGAAGAUGGGAUGAUGAGAUGUGAUGCUAUUAUCGGUCGACGAUUGAAGCAGCUGAAAUUGCUGGUGGAUUCCGGUAGCGCAGUGAGUCUAAUAAAACAAUCUGAGCUUGCAAAUUUGAUUAAGAUAGAUGGUGAAAUAGGGAACCACUGCAUAGACAUUUCAGGCAUCAAUGAAUCAAAAGAAGAUUGUAGGCAGGAUGGAAACAAAAGUUGUCGUUAA